AAAGACUUUUAGGAGAAAUCCAUUUGAGAAGCAAUGUAUAGAUUCCAGUUUUUGAAGCUGAUCCUUGUAAGUUUCCUGCUAACUGGAGCGAAUGCAGGAUCAGGCACAAAAGAUUUCCUAAGGAAAUUCAAUACGUAUAAUGAAGUGUGUCUUGGAAUGGGCUUCAAGGGAAAUAACUGCAAAAGAGGUGAAAGAGAUGUAAUCUCAUUUCAUGCCCGGACUGCUAGUAAUCUAAGCAACCUCGGAAAUAAUGCUGUAGUUGCAUUUGGAAAAGUUACUGAAAAUUCUGGAUCCGCCUAUAAUGGUAAGACGGGGAAAUUCACGGCACCUCAGGAUGGGGUCUACUCAUUUACAUGGACCAUUCUGACAACAUCUGGGAAAAUAUUUAAUACAAAUAUAGUUCUCAAUGAUAAUAGUAAGAUCCUUGGAUACAACCAUGUCGACGGAAGGAGUGGAAGUAAUACUUAUUUAUCAGGAUCCGCCACAGCCAUUAUAAAGAUGAAGAAGAAUGACAAGGUCUGGAUAAAAACAAAUGGAAAAGAUGGGGAAUACGCUUAUGGUACUUGGUCCUCGUUUUCUGGUUUUAAAUUGUCGUGAUUUGUAAUGGAAUUAUAAAAUAAAAAUUAUAUGCUUGGACUUUGCAGAAGUUUUUCUGGAUGAGGAAAGAUGAACCUAUCAUUUCUGAUGCUAGUAAAAGAUCAAAACCUAGACAGAUUUGUUGAUCAUGUUUAAAACUUCCACAACAAUAACAAAUGAGGUCAUGGUUAUAUAAAGGGUCAAGGUUAAUAAAUAUUGAUUAAUU